UAGGGUUCUAGAGACGCGGCUAUGGCUGACUUGGGGGUGAAAUUUCCCUCGUUCUUGCCCCCGGAGGCCUCGCAUUUGAAGGAGCAAGCUGCGCGGAUCAUGGCGUCGAGGAUCAAGAGGCUGCCAGUGACGACGGAGCUGAGCGCCUCGCCAAUCUUGACGAGCUGUGUCACGCCGGGAGUGAUUCGAUCCAAUGCAAGUCCACUGCUGCUCCUGCAUGGCUUCGACAGCUCUUGCCUGGAAUGGAGGCGGGCGUUUCCCUUGCUUGAAGAUGCUGGCCUUGAGCCUUGGGCUGUGGAUAUUCUAGGCUGGGGAUUUUCUUCGUCGGAGAGAAAGAUUUCGUCAUACGGUGCAAAAGCAAAGACGAGGCAUCUAUACGACUUUUGGAGAUCUCAUAUUCGAAGGCCAGCCACAGUCGUUGGCCCGAGCCUGGGAGGUGCGGUUGCUAUCGAGCUUGCUGCAACUUAUCCGGAGAUGGUGUCUAAGCUGGUGUUGAUUGAUGCUCAAGGCUAUGCAGAAGGAUUGGGAAAUCUCACCACUUCUCCAAGAUCGCUUUUGUACGCAGGGGCAGCUGUUCUGAAGAGUGUGCCUCUCCGUGCAUAUGCGAACUUAUUAAUUUUCAAAGGCCUGAAUUAUAGCUCGUUGAUGGACUUGAUUCGGGUGGGAAGACUUCACUGCCUUAUGCCAGGAUGGGCCGAUGCUUUGGUCGAUUUCAUGAUUAGUGGAGGUUAUAACGUCGUCUCUCAAAUACCACAGGUGGACAAGGAAACUCUGCUGAUAUGGGGGGAGCGGGAUACUAUUGUUCCAACGUUUAAUGCCGAGGUACGCUAUCUUCUUACUUUUUACUUUCUAUUUCCUUUGGUGUUUUUUUCGUUUCAGAAAUUUCUCGUGGAUCUCCCCAAUUCCCGGCUCGAGAUUAUCAGCGACUGCGGUCAUAUACCACAUGUUGAGAAGCCUACAGCCGUGGCAGACUCGUUAUCCAGAUUUUUAAAAGACGGGCCCGAUCUCGCUAGCGCUGGAACCUCUUCUUUAUCAGUGUCCUUGUGAAGUCAUUGACACGACCCACGAGAUUGUGAAUCUCAGUUGGCAAAACAACACACACAGGGAAA